AUGAAGUUGCUGUUGAUAUUCUACUUGUUUGUGUUGUCACAAGCGUUUCCAUUAGCUCAAGAAGAUACAAUUUCAUUGUAUAAUAACGAUUUAAGAAUUAUCAAGACUUCACCAAACGAAUUUAAAAUUGUUUCAGAAGAUGAAAAAUUGAAAUUAAAACAAGAAGGUGUUAAUUUCAUUGAUGUUACUAAUUAUUAUCCAAUUGAUGCUGUUGUUGGUCAGGAAGUACUAGCAUCCCCACGCACAAGAUUAAAAAAUUUGAAAGAUUGGUUUAAACGACCUAAACAAGUUGAUGAUGAACCAGAGGCUCCAAUUUAUAAUUAUCCGAUUAAAGCAAAUUAUGAAAAGGAGGUUCAUUUUCUUUUUGAAGGUAUAAAUAAGACAAGAAUUGAAGAAAAACUUACUAAAUUUAGUUCAUUUUGGACAAGGUACUAUAAAUCAAAAUCUGGAUUCGAUAGUUCCAAUUGGUUAUAUAAACAAUUAAUCUCAAUUUCAAUACAUUCAGAUUUGAUCCAAAUUGAAAAGUUUCACCAUAAAGAAUGGGAUCAAUUUUCAAUCAUAGCACGUUUCAAAGGUGAAAUUGAUGAUAUUGUUGUAGUUGGAGCUCAUCAAGAUUCAAUCAAUUUGAAAGAUCCUUUACAUGGUAGAUCACCAGGUGCAGAUGAUGAUGGAAGUGGAUCAAUGACUAUAUUAGAAGCAUUUCAAUUAUUAGCUGAAGAUAAAGAUUUCAAACCUUAUAAUACUUUAGAAUUUCAAUGGUAUUCUGCAGAAGAGGUUGGGUUGCUUGGAUCUCAAGAUAUUUUCAAUACUUACAAAUCUAAAGAUAAGAAAGUAGUAGCCAUGUUGCAACAGGAUAUGACUGGUUAUACUAAAGAUACAAUUGAAGCUGGAAUUGAGGUUCAUAUAGCAUUGAUUCAAGAUUUUGUAAGUCAACCAUUAAAUUCGUUUUUGAAAAUGCUAUUUGAUACUUAUAGUGAUAUACCUUAUCAUUUAAUGAGUUGUGGUUAUGCUUGUUCUGAUCAUGCUUCAGCUAGAAGAAAUGGUUAUCCAAGUUCAUGUAUGUAUAACUUUAAUUACUAAUAAGAGAACAACUGUUACUAACCUUUUUAAGUUAUGAUGGAAGCUGUUCCAAAUAGUAAUGCUAAAGCUGAUUGGGGUCAUUCUGAAAAUGAUGUAAUUGAUCAACUAGAUUUUAACCAUAUGAAAGAUCAUGCAAAAUUGACAAUUGCAUACGCUUAUGAAUUAAGUUUAGCUAGAGAUUUAUAUUAG